GAAAGAGCUCUUCUAAAAUAAAAUAUGGCGCAGCUAGUAAAAAAAAUUGUAACGUCAAAAAUCUUACUCAACAAAGGAAAAUAUUGUUUAUAUAAGUGUGACGGGCGAUUUCUCGGUGACAGUUGGGUAGCUGGAAGUUGUAUUGAUCCAUCUUUGGGCCUAAAUGAUGACCAGAAGAAUAUACAGUCAUUAGCUAUAGACUUUGCAAGAAAUGAACUUCAACCUAACAUGAAGAAAUGGGAUGAGGAGGAAUUCUUCCCAGUUGAAGCAAUGAGGAAGGCCGCCAGUCUUGGGUUUGGUGCGGUGUACUGUAGUGAGAAGUUUGGGGGAUCAGGCAUGAGCAGGCUUGAUACCUCCAUCAUAUUUGAGGCCCUAGCACAGGGCUGCACCAGUACAACAGCUUAUAUAAGUAUACACAACAUGUGUGCCUGGAUGAUAGAUGAGUUUGGUAAUGAGGCUCAGAGGGGUCGCUGGAUACCACAGCUGGCCUCCAUGGAGAAGUUUGCAUCCUAUUGCCUUACAGAGCCCAAUAAUGGCAGUGAUGCAGCCAACCUGACUCUGUCUGCUAAACGUGACGGAGAUCACUACAUCCUGAAUGGAUCUAAGACAUUUAUAAGUGGAGGAGGUGAGUCAGACAUCUACGUCCUGAUGUGCCGGACUGGGGAGAAGGGACCUAAAGGGAUCUCGUGCAUUGUGAUAGAGAAGGGAACUCCGGGGCUGGACUUUGGCAAGAAGGAGAAAAAGGUUGGUUGGAACUCCCAGCCUACCCGUGCUGUGAUACUGGAGGACUGUCGUGUUCCCGUCUCUCAUUUGAUUGGGCAGCCAGGAGAUGGCUUCAAGAUUGCCAUGAAGGGCCUCAAUGGUGGACGCACAAAUAUUGCAUCAUGUUCUUUGGGGGCAGCUCAAGCUUGUUUGGAGAUCUCCAGGGACUAUCUCAAAAUAAGAAAACAGUUUAACCAGCCCCUUGAAAACUUUCAGUAUCUACAGUUUCUGCUUGCUGAGAUGGCCACCAAAGUGACAGCUUCCCGUUUGAUGGUGCGCCAGGCUGCGCAGGCUCUUGAUGAGGACUGGCCUGAGAAGGUGGCUCUAUGCUCCAUGGCCAAGUACUUUGCUACAGAGGAAUGCUUCAAUGUGUGUAACCAUGCUGUACAGAUCCAUGGUGGCUAUGGGUACCUCAAGGACUACCCAGUCCAACAACACAUGAGAGACUGCAGAGUACAUCAGAUACUCGAAGGAACCAAUGAAAUAAUGCGACUUCUGGUAUCCCGUGAUAUCCUCUUGGAAGGCCAAAGAAAAUAUUCCUAGCAUGUGCAGAAAACUGUUCAAUUUUAAAGCUUUUUAAAACUACCUGGUGUCUAUCAUGUCUUUUAAGUUUGUUGGUUCUUUGGAUUUUGUGAUAAAAUUGCAACAAUACUCCUGUUGUAGAAAUAUUUUCUGCUGAGUAUACAUGUAUGCACCAUACUUUGCAUGGUGGACACAUGCUGUUUAUAGAAUGGAAAUAAUUUUCCAUGAUGCUACAUGACAAAUGUCAAACAAGUGUAUAUAGACUUCAUGAAUGUGAUAUUUAUUGUUUUUGGUAAUUAUUUAUUGUAAUUCACAAUAAAUAGACAAAACUAGUAUUUCACACUUGGGGCAGCCUGUUGCGUAUUUUUCUAUUUUCUAUGAUCCAGCAAUGGAGUUGAAAAAAAAAGUCUAUUAAAACCACAGCAUUUUUCAUCUAAUUUAUGACCUUAUGCUGUUUGUAUUUAAAGGUUAAACCAGAGAAUUCUGCAGCAAGGAUGAUUUCAUGAUGUCUUAAUGGCGUCCUUUCAAAGUGAAACAUUGAAAACUUUGGAUAAUUUGUCACUGUUAUUUAGUAUUGUCUGAAACAGUGAAAUAUUUAUUUUAAAUCAAAAAUUGUUCAAUAUAAACCACAGGAAAGCAUGUGAAAAAAAAACUAUGAUACUAUUAAUUUUUUCUUAACUUAAGACUUCUAAAUCUCCAGUACAUAGUUGUUAAAAAAAUGUUGACAUGAGUAGAUGAUACCAUGACAUGAUUGCUUAAUACUUUCAUAUAGAAAACUCAUGUGUUGUAAUUUUAAAAUUGUGUUUUUUCCAAUGUAAAUCAAGUAACUAAUAUGUAUGCAAAAAGAAAGCCACAGAGGGAAAAAGAAUUGAAGUAAUUGGUAUUUCUCAGGUAUAAAGUAUUGCAGUAUAUUUCACAGUGUUGUUUAACAAUGAAAAGCAUAUGUGUUGCUUCUCAAUGUUUGUCUCUAAACAAUAAAUACGUUUUGUGAUUUGUUUAUAAAUUAUAUAAUUACCAAUGUUAGGUAACAUAGUGAUCUGAGCUAUGCAUUAAGUGCUGAUAAACAGUUUGCUUUGUCAUUGUGCAUCGUUAAGAAAACAAUUAUGGUUUGCAAUAUAUACUUUUAGUCUCUGAUGUGUUGUCUUACAAAGGUGAAAAUGAUAUAAGUUAUGACAUUUUGUCAAUAUUGAUAAAUUAUUGAAAAAACAGUAUGAAUUAAAUUUACAUAAAAUACAAAACAAGUG